UAACAUUUUGUUGUUUUUUAGUGAGAGUUUGGUAUUUAGCGGUGGAAUCAAAAGUGAGGCAACCGUCUUGAUUCCACUAAAAAUACCAUUUUAUUUUAUUAUUAUUUGAUCAAAAUCCAACCAUUUUCACAAACUCCAUUUUCAAACCUCCCAACAACAACCUCAAUUUUCGAUCCAAUUCAUGAAUUGAAGAAAGUUGAGAGUCGAAAAAUAAAGAUGAUGUUGUGUUUGGGUGUAGUUGGUGGGUCCACAAAAUGUCUUCAGUUGAACGAUUCUUGUUACAGAAUCAACAACAACAACAAAAGAUUCAUUCAUCUAAACAAAAAUAGUUUCAAUAAUACGAGGUGGCGUUUUAUGGCACUUGAAUCAGCAGACUCUUCUUCUUUUGCAUCUUCUUCUUCUAUUGAUUCUGAUAAAAACUCUUCUGCUGGGUUUUGUAUUAUUGAAGGACCUGAAACUGUACAAGAUUUUGCUAAGAUGGAACUUCAAGAAAUUCAGGAUAAUAUUCGGAGUCGAAGAAAUAAGAUUUUUUUACAUAUGGAAGAGGUUCGUAGGCUUAGAAUACAGCAAAGGAUAAAAAAUGCUGAACUUGGAAUUUCGCAAGAAGAGCAAGAGAAUGAACUUCCUAAUUUUCCAUCAUUCAUUCCGUUCUUGCCUCCUUUGACUUCUGCAAACCUCAGACAGUAUUAUGCAACCUGUUUUUCUCUUAUCAGUGGGAUAAUUCUUUUUGGUGGUCUUCUUGCUCCGAGUUUGGAGCUUAAGCUUGGAAUAGGAGGCACAUCUUAUGCAGAUUUUAUUCAAAAUGUGCAUCUGCCUAUGCAGUUGAGUCAGGUCGAUCCUAUUGUGGCGUCAUUCUCUGGUGGAGCAGUUGGAGUAAUCUCUGCAUUAAUGGUCGUGGAGAUAAACAACGUAAAACAACAAGAACAGAAAAGAUGUAAAUACUGUCUUGGUACUGGAUAUCUUGCAUGCGCUCGCUGUUCAAACACAGGAGCACUUGUUCUGAUAGAACCGGUAUCCACCUUCAAUGGUGGUGAUCAGCCUCUAUCACCACCUAAAACCGAGAGAUGUUCAAAUUGCUCUGGAUCUGGCAAGGUCAUGUGUCCAACAUGUCUUUGUACUGGAAUGGCCAUGGCGAGCGAACAUGAUCCGCGAAUUGAUCCUUUUGAUUAGAGUUUUAAUAUUGUGAUAGAUAUAUCCUAAAUAGGGACUUUCAAAUUGUAUGAUUGUAUGGUAUAUGUUUCUGUUGUGGAAUAAUGGAAUUUUUGUAAAUAUGUAUAAACACAAUAAUAUGCAAAAGAAAAUGGUUAAGAAUGUACUUUUAUAUGGUUUUGGUUUA